AUGAGCUACCUCAAUACCCCGCGCACACGACUGGGCCACACCUCCACAGCGCCCUCGCCGCUUCGCCAGACAUCGACGGCCUCGACGUCUUCAAACCGCUCCGCCCAAAAUGCCCCCGCCCGCUCCAGCACACCGUCGGGCAAUGCCCCCGCCCCAUAUGCCUCCAUGGGCCAUCGCCGUGGCCUGAGCGAGGCCGCCGCCCUCUUGAGGCCGCCAUCGACAGACGACUACUUUGCAUCGGCAGAGCCCGACCCCGGCGAUACAUAUUCGAGUAUGCGCAAGGCGCUACGCCCGCUGCAGCAAGCACCUGCCAACCCGCCCGAGCCCGAAAAGUUGACCCGCCAUUCCACCUUUUCGAACCCUCCCCCGCUCGAAAAGCCAUUGCGUCCCGUGACACCGUCCAAUCCGCCCUCGCCCGAAAAACUCGCCCGAUCAACCACAUUUCCCAACCCUCCCUCGCCCGAAAAGUCGCUGCGGCCCGUCACCCCGUCGAAUCCCUCGUCGCCUGAAAAGAUCCUGCGACCAAGCACAUCUGCCAGUCCAACUCGGAGCAACAGCCAUUUGCGCUCGCACAGUGUCGAAAACAGCUACGCCCCAUUCGAUGGAUCCCUCUCCCCAACCGGGAAACCACGCCCGCUUUCCCUGGCCAUAUCGCGAAAUGACUCUGUGCGCGCGCCGACCCGCGACCAUUCAAACCGACCGCUAUCCAUGCACCUGGAACGCCCGGAACUUAAGAGUUUCCAGAAAUCGUCAACACGUCAUUUGCGGACCCUCUCCAAGUUCGCAGAGUCGGGCAACGAUGAAGACUUUGCCAUCAAGUCUCCGGAGCAGCAGGUAGUGGGUCUGAACGGAAGGAGAAGACUACAGCGCACUGAUUCGGCGCGGCAAAAGGCGGCAUCGAGUUGGUCAAGUCGGAACUGGAUGGAUCAGCAGCGCCAGUUCUUGCAGGCAUACGAAUACCUUUGUCAUAUUGGAGAGGCCAAAGAAUGGAUGGAGGACAUCAUCGAGACCGACCUGCCACCUGUUGUAGAACUGGAAGAAGCGCUUCGGGACGGUGUAACGCUGGCAGAAAUCGUACAGGCGAUCAAAGGACAACCAGUGCGCAUCUUCCGCGAUCCGAAACUACAGUAUCGACACUCGAACAACUAUGCACAUUUUUUCCGGUUCUUGUCCGAGAUUGAGCUCCCGGAUCUGUUUCGCUUUGAACUCAUCGAUCUCUACGAAAAGAAGAACAUCCCCAAGGUCAUCUACUGUAUCCACGCCCUCUCGUGGUUGCUAUUUCGCAAAGGCAUAGUAGACUUUCGCAUUGGAAACUUGGUCGGAAAACUUCAGUUCGAAGAUCACGAACUCGAGGCAACGCAAAAAGGCCUAGACAAGUCGGGUGUCAGUAUGCCCAACUUUUCAGGAAUGCAUGCAAACUUCCAGGUCGAGCCGGAACCGGAGCCGGAGCCGGUCGAGUCGGAGGAAGAGCGCAUCGACCGCGAGCUAGCCGAGAACGAGAACAUCAUCCUGGACCUGCAGGCUCAAAUCCGGGGUGCCCUAGUUCGGAUACGCCUAGGCAUGUUGAUGCAGGAGCUCUGGGACCAGGAGCACCUUAUCGUGGAUCUCCAGGCGCGCGUCAGAGCAGACUGGGCUCGCCAAAUCGCCACCUACCGACUGGACAUGCGCCGGUUCGCCAUGACCCUACAGAGUGCUGCAAGAGGAUUCUUGGUUCGCUCAAGAAUACAGGGCGAAGAACAAUACUGGCAAGCCAAGGCUCCCCAAGUGCUCAAGAUACAAAACCUCUUCCGCGGACGCAAGGCCAGGGCUCAAGUCCAAUAUACAAAGUCAAAAAUCCAGCGUCACGAACAUGGCAUCCGCGAAUUCCAAGCCGCGAUUCGCGGAGCACUCGAACGACUACGUGUCUCUGAACGAUACGAAAAGACCCGCGACACUGAGCCGUGUGUUGUUGACGUGCAAGCUAUGAUCCGUGGUGCCCUCGUCCGAGCCAGGGUAGACCAAGAGUGGGCAGCUUUGCAACAAAACGAACCUCAGGUUGUCCAGCUUCAGGCCGCUGCACGGGCUAUGCUUGCUCGAGCCAGGGUAGACCAAGAGUGGGCAGCUCUGCAACAGAACGAACCUCAGAUUGUCCAGCUUCAAGCUGCUGCAAGGGCUAUGCUGGCUCGAGCAGGCGCUGGCCGAGAAUGGGGGGCGCUGCAACAAUAUGAACCUCAGAUUGUUCAACUUCAGGCUGUUGCACGAGCCAUGCUUGCCCGCUCCAAGGUCAAUCAAGAAAGUGCAACCUGGCAAGAAACUGAGCCCCAAAUUGCCCAGCUUCAAGCCGCUGCACGCGCCCUGCUUGUCCGCAAGUCAAUGCGCACCGAUCAGGAAGGUCUCCGCCAGCAGGAAUCAACAAUCACCUUCUUGCAGUCUGCCAUGCGAGGUCUCCUUGCUAGAAGCAAAAAUGCUGCAGUACAGGAGAAUCUCACAAGUACCAAUGUCGACUGGUCUAGACUGCAGUCACGUGUUCGUGCCAAUGCCACGAGAGAUUCCGUCAAGCAGAUCCAGGAAGCACUCGAAGCGGAGCAGCCUCAAAUAGUCGAUCUGCAGUCGGUAGCUCGCGCUGGACAAGUGCGUUCCGAAGUCGCUGAUAUCCUUGAGCGAUUGCAAAGCGAAGAAAGCAACAUUCUGUCGUUUGAGUCGCUCGUUCGUGGUUUUCUUUCACGGCACAGGCACUUCUCCGAUCUCCAAGCUCUCCACGCCCAAGAACCCGCCGUUCUCGACCUGCAAUCAGCCUGCCGUGGCUUCAUGCAACGCCAGCGAACAUAUGAAACCCUGUGUGAGCUCAAUGCUCAAGAGCCUGAGAUUGUCGACCUCCAGGCCGUAGCCCGUGGCAUGCUGCUGCGCAUGCAAAUUGGUCUGCAGCUCGGUCAGGCUGAAGAGCACGAAGAGGCCAUAAUGGACCUGCAGGGAAUGGCUCGUGGUGUACUCGUUCGACGGCGGUUCGCAGAGAAGCAGCAGUUUUACAGGGAGAACAUGGAAAAGGUCAUCAAGGUGCAGAGCUUCAUCCGUGGUCGUCAGCAGGGCGAAGCGUACAAGAGUUUGACUAGCGGCACCAACCCCCCAGUGUCGACUGUCAAGAACUUUGUACACCUCCUCAACGACAAUGAUAUCGACUUUGACGAAGAGAUUGAGUUUGAGCGUCUGCGAAAAACGGUCGUUCAGCAUGUACGGCAAAACGAACUCGCAGAGCAAUAUGUCGAUCAACUGGACAUUAAAAUUGCUCUGCUCGUCAAGAACAAGAUCACCCUCGACGAGGUCGUCAAGCACCAGAAGCACUAUGGAGGCAAUGUCGGAACUCUUCUUAGCAGCAAAGACAUCUCAUCCAAAGACCCCUUCGAUCUCAAGGCCCUCAACAAGAACUCGCGCCGAAAGCUUGAGCAGUACCAGGAACUCUUCUUCGUUCUGCAGACUCAGCCCCAGUACAUGGCCCGACUUUUCAGGCGCAUCCGAGAACAGAACCUGGCCGAAAAUGAUACUAAGCGCAUCGAGCAGCUCUCAAUGAGUCUCUUUGGACUCGCCCAGAAGCGUAGGGAAGAGUACUGGCUGCUGAAGCUCUUGACACGAUCGUUGAAGGAGGAGAUUGAGGCCUGUGGUUCACUCCAUGAUUACCUCCGCGGCAACUUCUUCUGGACCAAGCUGUUCGCCAACUAUGUCCGAUCGCCUCGUGACCGCAAAUGGUUGAAGGAGGUUUUGGGCACAGUCAUCCGCGAGAACAUCAUCGAGAACGAGCACCUGGAUCUGGAGAGCGAUCCCAUGCAAAUCUACCGCUCAGCAAUCAACAAUGAAGAGCUACGUACCGGGCAACGAAGUCAUCGUGACCCGAAUGUCUCGCGAGACGUGGCCUUGAAGGAUCCCGAGACGCGCGGUACCUUUAUUCACAACCUGCAAGAUCUUCGAGAUGUCGCCGACCAGUACUUUACCAUGUUUGAGGAGGUCCUACAUCGCAUGCCGUACGGUGUACGGUUUAUCGCACAGCAAAUGUUCGAGGAGCUUCGUCUAAAGUUCCCUUACGAGCCGCAAGAGCAGCUUCUUCAGAUUGCCGGUCACUGGGUGUGGAAGAGUUACAUUCAGCCUGCUUUGUUACAGCCUCAGCACUGGGGUGUAGUUGACCGCGGCUUGUCACCCAUCAUGAACCGAAACCUUGGUGCUGUUGCCAAGGUGCUUGGUCAGAUAGCCGUGGGCAAACUGUUUGGUGGUGACGACCUUUACCUCCAGCCCCUCAACAGCUACAUGACUGAAGCUAUCGACCGCUUGCAAGACAUCUGGUCCAACAUGAUCAACGUCCGUCCUGCUGAAGCUCAAUUCGAGAUUGACGAGUUCAACGACCUCUUCGCAAGGACGAAGCCCACGCUCUACAUCAAGCUUGCCGAUGUAUUCGCAAUCCACAACCUCGUCAUUGACGACCUUCCCAGUCUCUGCCCGGCGCAAGAUGACCCGCUUCGUGAAGUUGUCCGUGAGCUCGGCAGCGCAAAGAACAACGAAAAUGAGUUGUUGCAUGUCAGCUCUAGCGAAAUUACCCUGACUCUCAACCCCAAAUACCAUGAACAAGAAGACCCCGAUGCUGCGAUCAAAUCUCUCUUCAUGGAGACCAAGCGCUACGUACUCUACAUCAUCCGCGUACAGACCGGCGCCAACCUCACAGAGAUCAUGUGCAAGCCUGUCACGCGUGAGGAUGAGGACCGAUGGGACGCGCUUGUCAGCGAAGAAAUCAUUGCGCAACGGAAAGACCGUUCCCGGAGACAGAACAAUGUGGUGCGCUCUUCGGCUGCUUCGACCUACACAACCGACAUGAGCGCCAACUCGGUGCUUGAUCUCGACUACACCACACUCAAGCAAUACUGCCUGGAAAACAUGGUCCAGCUUCAGCGCGCAGGCCGCAUCACCCACACCAACAACUACCAGGAUCUCCUCAACGCCAUUGCAGUCGACAUCCGUACCAAACACCGAAGACGUAUUCAGCGCGCCAAGGAACUGGAAGGUGUGCGCACUACACUGGCUGCGCUCGACGAGAAAGCGCACUUUUUGGAGUCGCAGCUCAAGUCCUACAACGACUACAUUGAGCAGGCCAUGGUGACGCUGCAAUCCAAAAAGGGCAAGAAGAAGUUCCUCCUCCCCUUCACCCGCCAAUACAACCACCAGCGUGAACUCAAGAACAGCGGUCGCGAAUACCGCUUUGGCUCCUUCAAGUACUCUGCUCGCAACCUGGCCGAAAAGGGCAUCCUCAUCUCAUGGUCUGGCUACCAUGAGCGCCAAUGGGACCGCCUCGACAUUACCAUUUCCAGCAACCAAACGGGUAUCUUUGAGAUCCAGGGCUCGCAGGGCUCCAUGAUGAUCCCCGGUGCCUUUGCCGAAGUCCCGCUCGACGGCCUCCUCCAGGCGCAAUUCGACAAUCACCAGUUUAUGAACUUGUUUGGUGAUGGUGGCAAGGGCGAGGGCAUUGCCCGUGUCAAUGUCAAUUUGUUUUUGCAUUUGAUUUUCAAGAAGUUUUACCGCGAUGAGUAG